ACGCACGAUCCCGACGCAAACUACAUCCUCUCUCCAAUUAUUGCCCAGACUGACUAACUUUGCAUGUGACCAGUUUUUUAUCUGGUCAUUUUUUGUAGAUAUUUCCUUCCCCACAAAAGUGACUGGGCAUUAUUCCUCGUCACCACAAAGUAAACCCAGUAACAUAUUUGCUACUCUUCACCCGUGACGAAAAGGAGCAGCUGCCCGUUUUCUUAUUUAGCUUUCGAAAUUAGCUUUAGGUUCAAAAGUUGCUAUAAAGUAAUCAUUUGAACAUGGCAGCCGCAGCUGUUGGGCCAAGUUCGUCGUCGCCGAAGGGUUCCAAAACGUCCAAUAAGCCGUGGGCGCGAACUGAUAUUCCCGACCUGACCGGAAAAGUUUGCAUGGUAACUGGUGGCACCGGUGGAAUUGGGUACGAAACUGCGAUUGCACUGGUCCAAUCCGGCGCACAAGUCUUUGUCGUGGGAAGAAGUGAAGAAAGAGGAAAUGAGGCAGUGGAAAAAAUCAAAAAUGCAAUAAAAUUGAUUCCAUCAGCCGGAACGGUCUCUUUUCUCCAGGCAGAGCUCGGCAGUAUGGCCUCUAUUGAGGAAUUUGCAAAAAAUUUCAACGCUAAAGAGCUCGCUCUGGACAUCUUAAUUAACAAUGCCGGAAUAUCUGCACCACCCACGAGACAAACAACAAUUGAUGGAUUUGAAUCUGUCAUGGGGACAAAUCAGUUGGGGACUUUCGCCGUCACGGGACAACUUCUCCCAUCUCUCAAACGCAGCACAGCCCCACGUGUUGUUACCGUCUCCAGUGCAAUGGCAGAACAUUGUCAACCGCUGGAUUUCGAAGAUUUCCAAACAGAGCGGAAAAAGUAUCCGGGACACAAAUUGUAUGCACAGUCAAAACUCGCAAAUAUGCUAUUCACCGUUGAGCUCCAGCGAAAAAGUGAUGCGAAUGGGUGGGGAAUUUCUGCCAUCGUCGUCCAUCCUGGCCUCGUCAAGACGGAAAUGACUGCCAAACGAGAUACUCUAUUUUCAAAAUUCAUUGGUGUCGCUGUCCUUCCAUUUCUUGGGCAAGAAGCAGCAGUUGGGUCUCAUCCCUCCCUCUGUGCGGCGACGUGUCCUACUGUAAAGGGGGGCGAGUAUUACGGUCCUGGGGGUUUAAUGGGGGCAAGCGGAAACGUGACCAAGUUGGAGAUACCCAAAAAUGCAAAAGACGUCACAGCAGCUGAACAACUAUGGAAAGUUUCCGAAGAAUUGACAAAGGUGGUUUACAAUUAGAGGCAGAAUGCAACCCCAUUCGCACGAUAUGCAAGUUUUAUGCAACUCCUUCAACAAGCCAUUAAGCAAAUGCUUGUUUGACAAAUUAUUUAGUUAAUCAUACGUUAUGUAAAUAUUUUUUAUCAAUACAAUGAAAUUAGUGAGCGUUCAGGUUUUUGGUUAUUAUUUAUAUGUUUGAAUACUUUCAAUUGUGUUAUAUUCAUUGACUGGACAUUUUAGGUACGUAUUAAUUAAAAUCUAAAUCUUCUUAAGA